AUGUGCAUCAUCACUACAGGACUCGAUGAUAUAAAAGAGGGGCAGCUCAAGGAGGAUCAACAACAUUGCAUGAUGUCUGAGUCUCCCUCCCCUACAAAUUCUCUAGACCAGGAAAUACUGUCCAAUCGAAGCCUCGAUGAAGCCAUCUCCAACUCCGCACGACACAGACGGGUACAGACUACCACUUAUCUGCUAGGGGCCAGACAAGAACUCCCUGAGCUCUGUGCUGAGGACGUCACUGAUGCACAUGCCAACUCUCAGGGUUUGACAUAUAAUUUUCGCAUUCCCCAGCAUACAACCAAUGCUGAUGUUGCAACUGCUUAUGUUGAUGUUGGAUUUGCAGACAAUACCCCUUUCUAUGAUGUGUUUUACCGCAUCCAUGCCUAUAUGGAUAUCUCGCCCCAGGCCAGUGAACUUGGUUGGCGACUGUCGACGGACCGUCGUUCAGAUUUACCGGCUUGUUUGAAGACUUCUUUUGACCUUAAAAAUGUAUUUAAGUCAGUGAGAGCAAAGCGGUACUUAGGCAGGAAGAAAAAAGUCGUGAACAUCAAGAUAUUAAACUUUAAAUCUAUUUCAAAGAAGGUUAGAGCAGAAACAGAUGGCAGAAGCAGCCUCUCCAAUGUUUCAACUGACCCAGUCACCCCGCCAAGUCCAAUCACUCACAAUCACAUCCAUUUCACUGGCAGGAGUGAGGCAGCCGGUCAAAACUAUCCAGUGCAGUCUAGUGUCAAACGCUCGCACGCAAUGUGCCUGGAGACGGAUGGCGAGUCUGAUGAUGAGCCAUGGCUGACCAUUUACAACGUGAUCGAUGUUAUCGACCAUUGUUUUCCAGCAAUGAACUUCAAUCAGUAUUCAAACACUCUGUGCUGUCAAGGCAUCAUAUAUCUAACAGCCGCAGUCAAUUUCGACUCCAAUUUUUACAUUAGUGAUGUUGGAAUGUCGAGGGGGGCUGCAUCUGUGUUUUGCAGGCAAGUCAUGAAGAUGAAGAGGAAGAUGAAGGAUGAUUGA